AAGUACGACUCACAACGAAACAAAUAGGUACUUGUGUUCCCUUCAUCUUUAAUACUAUUAAAUUUUUAAUUUACGGUGCGUCACAUCGACCUAGUUUUGAAUAUAGAGUAUGUCCCAGUAACAAUAAUAUGAUUAGAUAGAACGUGCCAAAUCUCUCGUUCGGUUUUUAAAGAUGAGAGUAGGAGUCUUGAUAUUUAUUAAAAUCAGAGAUGAAUUCAUUUUGAUUAUCGAAAGAAGACAUGAAUUGCGGGGCUUUGGAGAGUAGAGGGAAUCCAUGUUCUUACAACUUCCUUCACUCACCGUUCGAUCCACCAGAUUCACAUUCUUCUCCUACUCCAGGUUGAAGAAUUUCACUAGGGGUUCGUUUCUCCACAUGGGUCAUCAAGUUCUGCAAUCUUUUAGUAAAAGCCGAGUGGAGUUACGUUUAUGCAAUGUAUCAGGUUACACCAAUGAAUUGCUGGAGAUUCAUUCGGACCAUCCAUCAUUGCACGUAUUGUUCAUACCUGGGAAUCCAGGGAUUAUUUCAUUUUAUAAAGAUUUUGUUGAAUCACUGUAUCAGUUGCUUGGAGGUCGUGUGUCUAUAACAGCUAUUGGACAUAUAUGUCAAACGAAGAAGGACUGGGAAGGUGGAAGGUUAUUUUCAUUACAAGAACAAAUUGAUCAUAAGAUUGAAUUUGUUAGACAGGAGUUACAGAAUAAAGACAUCCCAUUACUAUUGGUUGGGCAUUCUGUUGGAUCGUAUAUCUCCAUUGAACUGUACCGUAGGUUCCAGGAUCGGGUGGUGUAUUGCAUUGGAUUGCAUCCAUUUAUGAUGGUGAACAGACAAUCACGUCAGCAAUUUUUUAUUGAAAAACUUGCUAGAUCUUCACUGCUAUCAACUUUGUUUUCUUCUUUUGUUGCACUGUUGGGUGUAUUACCAAUUCGAGCUUCAAGUUUUGUUGUGAGAAAAACUUUUGGGAAGUCAUGGUCCAGAACUGCUAGUGAGGCUGCUUGCUCUCAUUUGCUAAAGUACCAUAGCAUGCGAAAUGUGCUAUAUAUGGCAAUGAUGGAAUUUGAGAAGUUUUCAGAAACACCAGAUUGGGCAUUUAUGAAGAAAGCUAGUCAGAAAUUAUCAUUUUUGUUCUGUAUGGAUGACCACUGGGCUCCAAUGCAUGUGUAUGAGGAGAUUUCCAAGCAGGUCCCUGAAAUUGAUCUAUCAGUUGAAAGGGAGGGCCAUUCACAUGCAUUUUGCUGCUCUGAAGCUGCUUCACUGUAUAUUGCUCAAUAUGUGGCAAGUUUGGUCAAGAAACAUCUCUCAGAUUAAGGUCAGAUUCAGUCCUCCUUACUCCAUUAUUGACUUUGUGUUAUCUCUCGGACUUUCUUAAGGUUUUAUAGUAGUGGCAUGUUUUCAGACAGUUUCUCUGUACUUCUAUCCUUAUAAAGAACUCUUGUUGUCAACAAAAUAGAAGAAAAGGAAUAAUAAAAGCACCUCAUUAGGUUACUGAGACUGUUGGAAA